UGAAACAUUCAACAGGCCCGGCAAUGUACACAGCGGGGGAAAGAUUAAGGGGCCCAGGUCGUGCUCAGUCGUGCUGAUCUGAGUUUCCAUCUUUACUGAGUUCUCAUGGGCUUGCGCUUCAUCUAAUUGGACUCAAUGAAAGUUUACUGAACUUUUACAUUGAAAAACCCUGGAAGCCAUGGAGGUGGGCCACAUCCCAGUGUCUGAGGGUCUGCCUCACGCCAGUGACAUGACUGAGAAAGGCAGGAGCUACUCCACGUCUCAGUCGAAGCCCAGAAGCAUGAACGCAUACCCGCCGGUCUGCCGCUUUUACUCUCGGGGAAAGUACUGCCAGUUUGGCCGUAGGUGCCGGUUCCUGCACGAGCACCUGGAGCCACGGACGGCUCCGGGGGCGCCUGACAGCCCGUGCAGCGGUGCCACCGCCGCGGAGAGCGCCCCCCAGUGCCAGGGCGGCGCCGAGUGCCCCUCAGAUGGCGGCACGGUGCGGUUUGCUGAGGACCCGGCCGCGCAUGGCCGAACGCGGUUUGGAACGCCCAAGCCGCAGCCGCAGCCGGCCCCCAGAGACAGAGCGAGGAGGCCGUGCCGCUACUUCCUGAACGGCUACUGCGUGAUGGAGGAGCGGUGCCGCUUCUGGCACCCUGAGAGGUUGCCCGCCGUCAGGGACCCCCUGGACCACGAGCCCGCCCGCAUCAGCCUGAGACCACCGGGGCCGCUCAUACGGUCGGCCGUCCCCCGUCCCGCCGUGGUUAAGGACGAGGUGAAGCUCACCGAGCUGACCCAAGAGGUUGCCCGCCAACUCCGAGACACUGAGAUCAGCCAGCUGUUGAAACGCUUCCCCAAGGACCAGCUCAUCGUUCAGAAGAGCGAGGAUGGGAAGCAGACGUACUAUCGCAUCGUGGUGGAGCCGACCGACCCCGACUGGCCUUUUGAUUUGAAGGAGCUGGACAUUCAGAUUUCGUUCCCGGACGAUUAUCCUUUGGAGGUGUUCACUUUGGACAUUCCCGAGGAUCAGGAUCUGCCAGCGUCUAUGGCAAGGCACGUGUGCAAAUCCUCAGAGGAGUGGCUUCAGGCCAAACAUGCCACCAACAGGCUGACAGGAAAACUCGAGCUGCUGUUUCGUCCUUACCUGCGGUGGCUCGAUCGCAACCUGGAGAAGCUGUUCAUCGAGGGAGCCAGAAAGAUAAAGAGGGAUUUGGACGUGGAGAAAUCCGGGAUUCGCUUUGUACCGUUCCAGGACCUCCAGCCGCGCCUGGCGGACGCGCGGGUUCUGCAGUCGACAGAAGGGCCUCUGUGCCCCCGGAAAGAAGAUGUGGUCAGGGGGUUGUCGCAGCAGCUUCAGCAGACCAAGUUCAACGAGGCAGAAAGCCCAGAGUUGAGUGGCAGUGAAGUCAGCUCUGGUGAGGAGGUUGAUGGUUGUUCAAGGACUGAUGCCGCUCGCAGGCAUAAACCCCUCCCGGCUGGCAAUGGGAGCGGGCAGCUGCCGGUAGAGUCCAACAGCAAGGGCCUGCACAAGGGAACAGCAGUGCGAUUUGUUGGCUUUCAGCUGGGAGAAGGGACAGCGACACUGGCCGCUCUGCAGAUCACCGUGUCGCUGAAGUGCAGCAGAUGCAAAGUGGCUGUCGACCUGACCGUUUCCCAGAAGCAGCCUUGUUCUGCAAGCUGUGAGAAAUGUAGCACGGCCAUCAGUGCCACCUUCCAGCCCAGUGUCCUCCACGAGAACUCGGAUGUCAUGGGUUACCUGGACCUACAUGGAUGUGUUCCUGUGGAUUUGAUCGUACAGGAGAGUUCCUUCUCCGUGGGCUGCCUCAACUGCUCCAAGGAGGGAGAUUUACAGGGUCUAACGUACGGCCGGUACAAGGAACUAAACUGCUUGCACUGCCACGGGAAGCUGAGUGUGUUUGCGGAGGCGGCCCUGUUUUACCUGAUGAACUCCCGGUCAGAGGAUGAAAUGGACAAGAAUUCAGUUCACCGGCAUCCGAGGAGGCUGCCCCAAGUAUCUACCAUCCAGCUGGGGAAGCCCCUGCCUGAGUUUGGCACUUGUGGCCACUAUAAGAAGAGUUGUCGCUGGCUCAGGUUUCAGUGUUGCGGGAAAGCCUACCCAUGCGACCUGUGUCACGACAACAAGCAGGACCACCUGAUGGAGAUGGCUACGCGCAUGAUCUGUGGCUUCUGCGCCAAGGAGCAGCCGUACAGCAACGGGAAGCCGUGUGCAGCCUGCGGAGCCAUGAUGACCAAGGGAUCCCACACGAGCCACUGGGAAGGAGGCCAAGGCUGUCGGAGCCAGAUGCGGAUGAGUCGCAAAGACAAGCAGAAGUACUCGAACGCUACGAAGACGGUCUCUCGCCGGUCUCUGCACCAGCAGCCCAAGUGAGCGGCAAGGCCGGGGUUGGGAUCCCUCACCUGCGAAUGGUGGCCUUAGUAACAACUCUGUGAGUGGGUUUGGUGUGUGCGUGUUUUUUUUUUUUUUCUUCCCCCCCUGUUGUUCCUUUCCCCCCUCGUACAACGAGGUGGUGAGAGGAUAAAAUGUUUUCAAGUUUCGAGGAUCUUGGGGAGAGGGGUUUGAGGAAUCGGACGGCCUUUAGUUCGUCAGGCCCGCAGUAAGAUGCCAUCUCUGCCCCAGUGGGGGCUGUACAAACUUCAGAAUGACUUGCCCCGCAUUGUUAAUCCUGUGUAAGUGGCUCAAAAGUCGGCAACAUUUAGUGUGCCCCCCUGCUUUCGACUAACUCCACCUGCUCUGAGCCAAGCAGCCGGCACCUGCAGGCCGUGUCACUUGUCGCGUCACGGUUCUGAGUGUGUUUGCACCACCUCAUGUCCCAAGUAUGUAGUAUUCACAAGGGCACGGCUAGAUGUCCACCCGAUAGCCAGAUUUACAAGGGUUAUGGGCCGGGUGCUGCUCCUACUUGCUAGUGGCAUAAGUAGGGGGCAGCCCCCCACUGGGACACCUGCCAUGGCACAGAUGCCCACUGCAGUAGUGUAGAGAGGCUUGUAGAUGUUGGGCAGCGUGGCAGAGUCCUGUGCCAACCCCCCGGAGAACUGAUGGUGCUCUCAACUCAACUCCAGCCUCCGAGUCAGCGGGGAGCGGAGCCUGCACAAGUACAUUUGGAAGUUGCGUUCUCAUUUGGUUUUGAAUGUUCAAGGUUAUCACUGUGUUGAUUUACAUUUAAUUUGGCAAUUUUUAUAAAAUGCGGUCAAAUCUUGUACUAUGCAACACAUUGCCAUGCCGACAGUGGGAGGAAACGCUUGCGACCCUGUAAAUUAGAUGAGGGAACGAGCUGUGCGCAUCUAAGGGUACCGCAGACAUCCACUUGGGAGGUGGUUCAUGAAGGGUUGUUUGACGAGGCUGCUUCAGUGUGGUUCCGAUCGACUACAGUUAGUUACAUGCCGGAGGAAGUCUGUGGGUUGGAUUUUCUGAUGUCUCUCCUGCAAAUGUUUUGCGUUUGUCUCCUGUGAAUCAUUCUGCGAUUGUGACCCAUCUCCCCCCCCCCCCUCCCCCCCAUCUAUGGGACGAGGGGUAAAGAGAAUGUCGUUCCCUUACUAGAACCUGUUCAGUCAUUCAUUCUGGGUGCAGCUGAUCAAUUCCCCCCCCCUCCCCCGCAGCCACUGACACCCUUACGGAACAAAACAUGCGUCUGUCCCACGCUGCCUCAGGUCUGGGACCUUUGCGUGUCUCCGAAGCUCGAGAGGCGGCUGCGAACCCAAAAUAAAAACAACAGCAGAAACUAUGCAUCGUCUGUGGGAAGAAAAACAAUGAAUGUCCCCGGUCAAAGUGGGAAGGAGAGGAUAUAGGUUGCAAGGGGGGUUUGGGAAGGAUAUGGGCCAGGGGGGGAGGGGAUAAGCUGUAACUCUUGUCGGUCUCUUCCACAAUGGAAGCAAGGCCUUGGUAGAUGUAUAGGCACAGUCUGGAUAGAUAGGCAGGAGUAGAAUGAGCUUGGUUGGUCCUGCCUUUUAGACUCUGUGGCCACUGCAGUCCGUCCACAUGGAGUUCCAACACUGAUUCAUUUCCCAGACCAUCCCGUUUGUUUAACCUCCUUGCAGUCGCCCGGUGAGAUGUUGCCAGUUCCCACCACAUAUGUAGCGGAGAUCCCACCUCCCAGAUCGCUGCCUCACUUUAGUUCCGUAAACUCAACGUAGACCUAACGGCCAGGAUAAUGAAGUGUGUGUGUGCGGAGCGUGUUGGGUUGCGGCACCUCCUCCCCUGGUAGUCGCCUUCAUCUCAUGCUUUAGGAGCUGGGAGAUAGACCUGCUAACAUUGAGCAGGUAGACAAAAGUGCUGGAGAAACUCAGCGGGUGCAGCAGCAUCUAUGGAGCGAAGGAAAUAGGCAACG